UUUAGAACAUUUUUAAUAAGAAUUAUCAUACGUGACCCGAUUUGGUUUGUUAAAUGGAAAGUUAAACAAAAAAAGAAAAUUUAAUAAAUGCGAAAAUUAAAAAAACAAUUAAAAAUAAAGAAAGAAAACAAAGAAAAUAGAAAAGUCUCAAGUUCGAAGGAAUAAAGUCAAAGAACUCAAUAGACCAUGGAACCUUUGGGCAAAGACAAUUUCGAGACGUGGAAAAUACAAAUGCAAGCGGUGUUAAUAAAAAAUUAUUUGUGGAAUUAUGUGAAUGGAAUGCAUGUAAGGACGGAAGCCAAUGCUCUACAAUGGGAAUCUGAGGACGCAAGGGCCAAAUCAGAAAUAAUACUGGCCAUGUCAAGUUCGGAGUUGAAACAUGUAAAGAACUGCGAAACUUCAAAUGAUAUGUGGAAAGAGUUGCAUAGUAUUUACCAGUCUACAUGGCCUGCUCGUAAAGCUGUUCUUCUGAAAUCCUUAAUUCUAUUGAAAAUGGAGUCCGGUGGCGAUAUGAGGCAACACGUGGAUAAGUUUUUUGAUAUUGCAGACAAAUUAAAUGCAGUCGAACAGGUGGUAAAAGAUGAUUUGUUGUCGACCUUUCUGUUAUAUAGCAUACCUGAAGAAUACGAGCCAUUCCGUAUUGCAAUCGAAUUGCAAGACAAUUUGGCAACGCCGGACGAUCUCAGGAUGAAAUUAUUAAAUGAAUAUGAGGUCCGCUACAGAUACAAACGUGAAACUAUCGAGAAACUCCAGGAAAAGAGUUCCGAUUGUUUGAAAUUGGGAACCGAGACAGAUGAAUGUAGUUUAAAAAUGCAGAAUAAUUUCGAUGAUAUUGCCGACGAUCAGCAGCUGAAGAUGAGUAGUGACGAGGCUUCACGACCCGUACUCGGGCUCAAGCGCAGACGGGACACACAUCCCGAGGAUGGGCCCAGCUCCGAACCGCGCAUGCCGCUGGACUUGGAUGAAUUGCAACGCAAAUACAAAAAUCUACUGCGUGAGCAUGAAAAUUUGCUACGGGCUCGCGAUAGUAAGACCCACAUGGUUUGCGGCAUCAAGGCUAAGAUAGAGAGCGUAAUUAAUAAAUUACAUGACGAUUAUGUCGCAAUGGUGCUAGAGCUAAUACAACAGCAGGAAAAACAGGACGAGCAGGACGAACAAGUCGAACAGGACGAGCAAGACGUUGAGAUAUUAAAGGAUCAAAUCAACUCCCUGGAACAGAAUCUGCGCGCCCAGCAGGAAGAGCUGGAAAAGACGCUGGAGAUUGCAGAUGAGGAUGACGACAAGCAGGAGCAAUCCCGAAAGUUAUUGAUUAUUCUAAUAGGCUCCCUAGAGAAGAAUCUGAGCGCUAAGCGCGUUGAACUGAAGGAGAAGCAACAAUUGAUUAAAAUGAGUAUAGGAGAGCCUUUGGAAAAAGGCCAUGCCAAAAAAGCGCGGGUCUCCAUUGCACCAAAUCACAAUAGUAGCCAGCGUAAUUUCUUGUUAGCCAGGAUGAAGGAUCUCAAGAACUGUACAAUGCAAGCGCUGGCAUAUAUUUUCGAACCAAUGUUAUUAUCGAGGCGACGAGAAAUGUUGCUAUUCGAUGACGAAAUGAGGUAUGCGAAUUCUCCAUUUGGUAAAAUGACAGGGCCCAUUGGCUAUAUUGUUUAAAUCUUGUCCGUAUCGUGCGGAUGCCAUGCAAGUAUUGCAUUUAUUUCUUUUUUCUUUGAAGUAUCGAUAUGGUUCCCGUUUCGAUAGCGAUACCGGAACGGGAACGAUAUCGAUACUUCGGACAUAUUGUACUGGGUUGCUUGUUUUCUUAUCGCUUUACAAUACGGUUACAAUGAAUACAUUCAAAUUCACAUUCCAUUGGUUGUCGAUCUUACAAUAUCAACAAACUAUGUUCGUCGAAAGGAAAUUGCUGCAAAUAUAUGAAUCACCCACACAUAUUAUAAGAUAAUUUGCCGUUUACUAUUUACCUAAUCUUUGUCAAAAUAUAAUGUAAUUAAUAAAAAUAACACAUUAAAUAAAAAACAAGUAAGAGGUUCUAGUCGGGAGCUCCCGACUAGGGGAUACCCUGAA